AUGUCCUCAAGAAUGGCACCGUGCUAUGAGGAUCCAGUAAGAGGCCUAGCAAUACACACACAACAAAUCCUUUAUUCGGCUUCUGAAGAUGGAAAGUACAGUUUUGCAAAAGUAAUUGAUCCACCAUUUCUACUCACUUUGCUCGUGGCUGGCCAAGAAAAACAGGUCUCUAAUGGUGGGUUGGACUUCUGCCUAUGCUCCACCGAAUGCAAACUGGUCAAAAUGGGCAGCCUCUUCUAG